AUGUUGAAGAUGAUGUCAGGAGCCGUGCACGCCGAACGCGUCAUCCGCGCACCGCCACAGAGCAGCGCAAUAUCGAAACCGAGAGCGGUCUACAGUAUAGAUCAAAUACUGGGCAAUCAUCACCAUACGCGAAGGACUAAUGGCAGCAGCAACAACAACAACAAUAACAACAACAGUCUUACCAUUAACAACAACAGCCUCGAUCAGGAAAAUUCGCUCAAACGCGAAGGAUCCCCGGUGGAGGUGCACGACGGUGGUGGCGUCGAUGUGGACAACGAUGAUGAGCUACCGAUCAUGGGUGACAUCGAUCCGAUGGAUAACGAUCCGAACGAUAUGGGCCGUCCGAGAAAAAUUCGAAGAUCUCGGACAACGUUUACCACCUACCAACUGCACCAGCUGGAGCGGGCGUUCGAGAAAACGCAAUAUCCGGAUGUGUUCACCAGGGAAGAGCUGGCGAUGCGGUUAGACCUCAGCGAGGCGCGUGUACAGGUUUGGUUCCAAAAUCGUCGUGCCAAGUGGCGCAAACGAGAGAAAGCCAUGGGACGGGACACAUCUGCCUUCCUCCAUCACGAACAAGGAAUGCCUGAGUUUCCACUGGCGCUACCGCUAACGCACAACAUACCGCAUCCAGCGCUUCCGACCGAAUUUUGGCCACCGAACUUUGGCCUACAUCCCUCACUGCUACCGGGUACGCACGGGUUGCUGCACCCGAACGUGAUGCCCAACUACAAGAUACCGAACUUCCAUGCGAUUCUGUCGCAGUACAUGGGUCUGAACAAUCUGUUCGGUGGCUAUCCGCAGAAUCUCAGCAUUAACACACGCAUCAGCCCGCAGAACAGCCCCAAGGAGAGUCCGACCAGCGUGCCAAUAAUACCGGGGACGACCGGUCUCAACAACACGAGCAACAGCAGUACGAACAGUGGCGGUAGCAUUCUCAGCAGUAGCAGCAGUAGCAGCAGCAGUAGUAGCAACUCCAACAUUAGCGUCGGAAGCAACAGUAAUACCAGCAAAGAAUGCAUUGUUGAGAAGUAA